CAUGCCGGGCCCCUCCCUAUCUUCCUCCUUUUCCACUCUCUCAUUCCUCCACUUCGCAUCAGCUCGCUCGGUCCACCAGGGACCCGCCGCUUCAAUCCAAGCCACACACCUCUCAAUACGCACUUUUGGCAUCUGGGCCUUCCUCUCUGGUUUUGAACGCCUCUACGCAGCCUACAAUAUAACGAACCCCCAGUUUUACGCGCUGGUAACUUGGGCAUAUCAUCAUAUGUAGCUAGUUGUAUCCACUACGGCAGGGAAGCCUUGAUUUAUAGGACGAUGAAGGUGGGUAUGUUUGGGACACUUAUGAGUUUUGUGGUUGAUGGUGGAGGAUUGAUUUGGCUUUGUAAGGUUGGAAAGAUGUUGUUGAGGAGGGGUGGGGCUUGAUUUCCUAAGCAAUGAGCGGAACGAAUGGGGGAAAUAAGAAGUUGAAAUCGAUACUCACCAUUCUAAAUGCGAAGGAAUCGACAGCAUACUUAAUUGGAACUUGUAGUGUCCUAAUUAUUCUCGUAGCCGCUAGCAAAUUAAGGGAAGGGGGAAAAUGGGAGGCC